CGUCUGUUAUCAGUUCAUUUGCUGCUGCCAGUCGGUUCAGCAGUAAGUUAGAACAGCUGAUUGAAAGCUGACGGCCUAAGAAGUAUACGUUUAGCAGUCCUUUUAUAACAAUGCUGCUAAAAACGGCAGUUUUGGUCUGCAUUAUAUUUUAUAUAACUGUGCCUGUCACACAAGCCGACAAUGAGAGUUCAAGAGAAAGCAAGUAUCUAAUCAUGGCUCCGAAGGUGAUGGUAGCAGAAACAACAGAAUCUGUUUGUAUUCAGCUAAUGAAUAUGACUGGGCCCAUCUAUAUCUCAGUGAAACUGAUGGAUGGCGAUUUGGAGUUGAAAAGAAUUCCCCUCUACUUCAUGGAAUUUCCAUUUGCCUGUUUACAAAUUGAGGUGCCAAAGGUAUCGAAAGUUGAGAGAUUUGAAGCUACGCUGUCAGUAACCGCUUUUGAUCAUGAUGACAUAAGGCAAUUGUUCAAUACUAGCAAAAAGGUUCAUGUUGAUCCAAGAAAUUCUAAGACAUUCAUUCAAACAGAUAAACCAAUUUAUAAACCAGGCCAAGCAGUUAAAUUCCGUAUUUUGACUCUUGAUCAAAAUCUACGACCUAAAUUGGAUAUGAUCGAGAAGGUGUAUAUUGAAGCUCCUAAUGGCGUUCGCUUAUCCCAGUGGAUCAAUGUAACAACGCAGGAUGGAUUGGUUGAGCUGGAGUUCCAAUUGACUUCAGAACCACAGCUAGGAACAUGGACAAUCUUCACCCUUAUUAAUGGCUUGAAGACCACUCAGGAAUUUGAUGUAGAUGAAUAUGUUCUUCCGUCUGCCAUUUAUCUCAGAGCAUGGAGACUUGGAGCAUGUUAUAUAGCUUUCCCAGAACCUAUGUUGUAUGUUAGGAUAUUUCCAGACAUUAAAGCUAUUAGUGAGGAAGCAUUAGAAAGGAAAUACCCAGGAUAUACCUAUGGACAGCCUGUAUUUGGAAAUAUAUUUGCGGAGGUAACUGUUAAAAAUGAAGUUACACAUAAUUAUGAACGACAGAGGCCAACUACAAGAUAUUUGAAGGAAGCUGAUGCCAAUGGUUGUGCAGAGUUCCUCGUUGAUGCUGAAAGAUAUGAGCUACAAAAUUGGGAUUACAGUUUGUAUAAUGCCAAAAUCUACGUUUACAGUUAUAUCGUUGAACAGGGAACAGGUAUUGAAUUAAGCAACACAGAUUUUACAGGCAUUGUAGCAAGAAGCCCUCUAGAUAUAUCAAUUGAGGCACUCGCCACGUUUAAGCCAGGACUUCCAUUCUAUGGAAAAAUUUUAGUGACAAAACCAGAUGGAGUAGUUUCUCCAAACACUGCAAUUUCAAUUACAGCAAGGGCCAACUACGGUGUCAUUUUUGCUGAAACACUGACAACUGACAACAGUGGUUACAUCACUUUCAGUCUUUCAAAUAUUACUAUCCAAGCAUCAACCGUAUCAAUAAAGGUUUGUUUAUAA